UGUAACCCGAAGGGGAAAACAGUCGGGGCAAAUGCAUUGCAUUUGCACAACGAGCAAGGGUCCAGCCCGAUUCGAGCAAAAAAAUUCCGACCCGCCUAACCCGGCCCUUUCUUCAACUUAUCCAAGAAGUUGUGCGCUUAUCCAUCUUUCACUGGGAGAAACUCCAUUUUCCCUCUUCCAGCUUUCCCCCUCAAAUUUUCUUACAGAGAAAAUCCCGACUUCUUCUGGUAAAAUUCCUCUCAGUUCUCUCCUUAUCUUCCACAAUUCAGAAAUCCCCCGUCUUCGAGAAACGAAGCCAUAGCGCUGAUGCUGUCUAAAUCGCAACAAUGACCCUCUCGCCCUCGCUUUUCAUCCCCAAUUCCCCUUCCAUCUCCGGCGAGCUUCUCAGGCUCGAGCCUAGCCACCGGCGAAGUCCGUUCCCUUGCUUCCCAGCUCACCGAAGGCUGCUUUCUUUCACCGGCGAUCAGAGAACGUGCCAAGGCCACCGGAACCCCAGAGCCAAGCCCAGGGAAGUCAUUCUCGGCAAUCCUUCCGUCGUCGUCGAGAAAGGUAAGUACAGCUACGAUGUCGAAACUCUUAUCAACAAGCUCAGCAGCCUUCCGCCUCGCGGGAGCAUAGCUCGGUGCUUGGAAGUCUUUAAGAACAAGCUUUCCUUGAACGACUUCUCCCUGGUGUUCAAGGAGUUCGCGCUGCGAGGGGACUGGCAGCGGUCUCUCCGGCUGUUCAAGUACAUGCAGCGCCAGAUCUGGUGCAAGCCCAACGAACAUAUUUACACCAUUAUGAUUAGCUUGCUGGGCCGGGAAGGACUUCUGGAGAAAUGCACUGAGAUAUUCGACGAAAUGCCUAGCCAUGGCGUGGCCCGCAGCGUUUUUUCCUACACCGCUUUGAUCAAUUCGUACGGGCGUCACGGCCAUUAUGAGGUUUCUCUGCAGCUACUGGAGAGAAUGAAGAAAGAGAAGAUUCCUCCCAGUAUUUUGACAUACAACACUGUCAUUAAUUCUUGUGCUAGAGGUGGUCUGGACUGGGAAGGGUUGUUGGGUUUGUUUGCAGAAAUGAGACAUGAAGGCGUGCAACCUGAUAUCGUUACUUAUAAUACUUUGCUCAGCGCUUGUGCUCAUAGGGGUCUUGGGGAUGAAGCUGAGAUGCUCUUCAGGACCAUGAAUGAGGGAGGAAUGGUGCCUGAUGUAACAACUUAUAAGUACCUUGUUGGGACGUUUGAGAAAGUGAAUAGGUUAGGGAAGGUUAGUGAAUUGCUCAAGGAAAUGGAAUACAGUGGAAGCUUGCCUGAUAUUUCUUCGUAUAAUACCUUGUUGGAGGCAUACUCAAGAACGGGAGAUAUAAAAGAUGCAAUGGGAGUGUUUAGACAGAUGCAAGCCGCAGGAUGUAUGCCCAAUGCUUCAACAUAUAGUAUAUUACUAAAUUUAUAUGGUAGAAACGGUAGGUAUGACGAGGUCAGAGAGCUUUUCUUGGAGAUGAAAGUAAGUAGCACAGAGCCUGAUGCUGCUACGUAUAACAUACUUAUAGAGGUGUUUGGUAAAGGGGGUUACUUUAAGGAGGUUGUGACAUUAUUUGGUGAUAUGUUGGAAGAGAAUGUGGAGGCAAACAUGGGUACGUAUGAGGGGUUGAUAUUCGCAUGUGGUAAAGGAGGGCUUUACGAAGAUGCGAAGAAGAUUUUACUUCAUAUGAAUGAAAAGGGAAUGGUGCCAAGUUCAAAGGCAUUUACAGGAGUUAUUGAAGCUUACGGACAAGCUGCAUUGUACGAGGAGGCUCUUGUUGCAUUCAAUACAAUGAAUGAGUUAGAAAUCAGCCCAACGCUUGAGACUUACAAUUCUUUAAUAUGCAUGUUUGCAAGAGGUGGGUUGUACAAGGAAUCUGAGGUAAUUUUGAGGAAAAUGGGUGAAGCUGGGAUUUUGCGAAACAGGGACUCUUUCAAUGGUUUGAUUGAAGGUUACAGGCAAGGGGGCAAGUUUGAAGAAGCUAUCAAAGCUUAUGUUGAGAUGGAAAAGGCGAGGGUUGAUCCUGAUGAGCAGACUCUUGAGGAAGUUAUGAGCGUUUAUUGUGUCGCAGGUCUAGUUGAUGAGAGUGAGGAGCAGUUCCAAGAGAUUAAAGCAUCAGGGAUACUGCCUAGUGUCAUAUGCUACUGCAUGAUGUUAGCUGUUUAUGCGAAAAGUGACAGAUGGAGUGAAGCCUAUGACCUACUCAAUGAGAUGCUUACUCAUAGGGUGUCAAAUGUGCAUCAAGUGAUUGGUCAGUUGAUCAAAGGGGAAUAUGAUGACGAGUCUAACUGGCAAAUGGUGGAGUAUGUGUUUGACAGACUUAACUCUGAAGGAUGUGGUUUGGGGAUGAGGUUCUAUAAUACACUUCUAGAAGCACUUUGGUGGCUUGGUCAGAAAGCACGCGCUGCAAAAGUACUUAGGGAAGCAACAAAGCGAGGUCUCUUCCCUGAAAUAUUCCGUAAAAGCAAACUCGUGUGGUCUGUGGAUGUGCACAGGCUAUCCGUAGGCAGUGCAUGUACAGCAAUAUCUGUUUGGCUGAAUGACAUCCAUGAUAGGUUCACCAAUGGUGAGGACCUUCCACAACUUGCUUCAGUAGUUGUUGUGCGAGGGAGGAUGGAGAAUGAUUCCCAAAAUAUUCCCCUUGCGAAAGCAGUAUAUUCGUAUCUGGAAGAUAAUGAAUCAUCAGCAUUCUCUCACCCAAGCUGGAAUAAAGGUCGAAUCACCUGUCAGCGAGCUCAGCUUAAGCGCUUCUUAUCAGCCACUUCAAAUGGGGCUGAGAAACAAAACUUCAUUAGUUUAAGUAACUUGCCACUCUCACUCGCUGAAACAAGAUCCAGAGGAGAUGAUCCCAAGCUCAACCAAAACAUUUACAUGAACUCCAAGAGGAGUACCGGAACAAGAACAGAGCUUCUGACAAGCACAACGUAAGGAGGUACAAAUGAUUAAUGAUUUUCACUGGGUGCAACAUCUGCAGAAGGAUGGAAAGAACAUCCACAUUCGCCAUGAUUUCCGAGUGCAGAAUCAGGCCAUGCAAAGACCAGAGGAGUGCCACAUUCAGAAGAGAGCUCCUCUGCCGUGACCUCUUUCCUUCAAAAACAACCUCACCAUCCUGUGUUUACUACUGGUGCAGUGAUCUCAUACGGGAGAAAAGGGCUGUAGUUACUAGAUGAAGAUAGGCAGUCUAUUUAUGAUAACUUGUGAAGCAAGUAAAGCAACUUGCAUCUCUUUUUGUCUGAACAAUACCAGGGUCACAACAGCAGCCACUGGAAUCGCAAUUUUGUUCGAAACGCUCUGGAAUGUGAAGUCGUAUGCAUGCAUCUCUAUUUUGUUUUUGAUUUCAGAGUUUACAUAAAGACGCUUAAUAGCUAUAGGGAGUCAACCCUAGCCAACCAUCUCAUCUUUAUCGGUCUGCCAACCUCUUGGUUGGGUGUUUUUAGUUAGAUUAGGUUUGUUCUGCCCCCAACCUUUUGAUUAGAUUAUAUAGUAGUUCGGCGCGAUGUAAUAGCAAGCC